UAUUAGUAUGUAGACGACAUGCUGCGAGUAACCACCGUCCUUUGCUGCUUAGGGGUGGCACUGGCCACCCCCCCUUUGGUCAAAACUAGGGAAGAAAUCCAGGCUUUUAGGAGUUUCUUGGAAAACACCCAGAAGGAAAAACCCGAUGGCAUUUCUCGUAUCACCUCUCCCGUGGACGGGGUCUCUCCCCUGGCCAAUCCUGAGGAAAACAGCGGCAAGUUCGAAGGUGAUAUCGUGUUGGACGACUGGCAAAUUGACGCCAUGGUGCAAGAGUACGCGAUGGGCCGUAACGCGUACCUCUGGCCUAACACGAAGUGGCCGAAUAACACCGUGAUAUGGGAAUUCGGUGAAGGAGAGUUUGGACCCCUGCAGUCAGCCGCCAUAGAAGAGGGUAUCGCAGACAUCGAGCGUCAUACUUGCAUCAAGUUCCGCUACCGCGAGCCGAGCGACACUGCUUACGUCCGUUUGACAGGUGCCGCGGGUGGUUGCUACGCGCACGUAGGCUAUUGGGCGUCCCGAGGCGUGCACACCUACAACCUGGCCCGCAACACUCCUGGCGUGGGCUGCUUCCGCCACGCAACUAUUGUGCAUGAGUGGAUGCACAUCCUCGGCUUCUUCCAUAUGCACUCCACCUACGAUAGGGAUGACUACGUCAGGAUUGCCUUUGAGAACAUCCAGCCCGGUACGGAGCACAACUUCAACAUCCACGGCCCUGACCUCGUCUCUAACUAUGAAUUACCGUACGACUACGUCAGCUGCCUGCAAUACGGUGCCUAUGGGUUCUCCAUCAACGGCCUUCCCACUAUUAUAGCUCUUCAGGAGCACGAGGGUGUGAUGGGACAGCGUGAGUACAUCACCGACAUGGACUGGAUUCGCAUCAACCGUCAUUACGAUUGCCCCGGCGCGUGGGACUGAACAGACUAUAGCUAUCUCCUUUACACUUACCAUGUUAUCUCAAGAAUGAAAGAGAUACUAUGAUCUCAGUUUCUAAUUGGCAUCGCGGGUGUAAAGUCUACAUGUACAUAUACAUACCAGAUUCUAUUAAAGAAUUUUAAACUUAAAAA